GCGCCUUGCUUAUCGUCAAGGCUGGCCAUCCAUUGACACGGAGUGGAAUGGGAUCAAAUGUGGAGAUCCCGGCAUCGGAUGCCAUUACUAUUGACUCGGAUGAUGAUGAUGAUCUUGAAAUAUCAUGGGUCUCGAGUAAAUCUCGUGCCACGCCACGGAGUACAGCCCACUAGGGAAUCAAUAUCAAGACUUCCAACUGACCCGAGCUACUAUUCACAGACAAGAGCCCUCCGAAUCGGCUGAAGAUUUCGACUCCGCCGCCUGCCUCUAUACAUGAUAUCCCUGACCCUCUUUCAAAACAGCCGGAACAAGCAGAUGGAACCAGCGACGACGCCGAUUUCAAUGACGGAGAAGCGGCAUAUAAUGAUUUCAAGAACAGGAAGAAGCUUAAGCGCAAGCACAAUAGCGUGGGUGCCGUGCAGAAAACGAAAAAGGCGGCGAGAACAGAUGCAAUCGUCGGGCUACAGCCCAAAAGAGAGAAUAAGGGGAAACGGAAGAUGAGGGACUAUGGAGAGGUAUCAUCAGACGAUGAUCUCAUGGAGCAUACCUUACCCGAUCAUCUACAGAAACGCCGUGCCCAGUUCAAAAGACGGAUGGAGCAUCUGCAGCAGGCCGGGUUAAAGUUGCCGCCGGACUAUGACGAGGUCGACUUCUCUGAUAAUGAACGACUGGAAUCAUUACAUGAGAAGCCAGUGUUCAAUACUAUGAAACCGUGCAGGAAAUAUGAAGAUAUCACGCUUCCAUACUCCCUUGGGCUGAUACCCGCUCCGAUAUCGCAGUGGCUACGUCAAUACCAGGUAGAUGGGGCUGCGUUCUUGCACGAACUUUUCGUUUACCAGAAGGGCGGGAUCCUGGGAGAUGAUAUGGGUUUGGGGAAAACGGUGCAGGUCAUCGCGUUUCUAACCGCAGCAUAUGGCAAGACCGGAGACGAACGUGAUGCCAAGCGGAUGCGCAAGAUGCGUCGGACAGGGGACAACAAGUGGUACCCUCGAACCCUGAUUGUUUGUCCGGGAACCUUGAUCCAAAAUUGGAGGAACGAGUUCGAACGGUGGGGGUGGUGGCACGUCGAAGUCUACCAUGGCGAAAAUAAAGAUGGGGCUCUGUACGCAGCCAAGUCGGGUCGGGUUGAGGUGUUGAUCACAACGUACACGACAUAUCGACAUCAUAAGGGCUCUAUCAAUCUGGUUGAAUGGGACUGUGUUGUCGCGGACGAGUGCCAUAUCAUCAAGGAACGCUCAUCGGAAACGACAAAGGCAAUGAAUGAAAUCAACGCUUUGUGUCGCAUUGGCCUCACGGGGACUGCCAUCCAGAACAAAUAUGAAGAACUUUGGACACUUCUGAACUGGACGAAUCCUGGGAAACUAGGUCCCGUAUCCGUAUGGAAGAAGACAAUCUCUGACCCGCUCAAGAUUGGCCAGUCUCAUGAUGCAACCCUGCAACAGCUGAGCAAGGCCCGCAGAACGGCGAAAAAACUGGUGGAAAACCUUCUCCCCCAGUUCUUUCUCCGGCGUAUGAAGACCCUGAUCGCCGACCAGCUUCCGAAGAAGAGCGAUCGUGUGGUCUUUUGUCCUCUCACCCAAACCCAGGCGGAUGCAUAUGAAAAUUUCCUUAAUAGUGACAUUGUGGAAUGUAUCAAGACUGCAUCCGAGCCCUGCACUUGCGGUUCCCGCAAAAAGGCCGGCUGGUGCUGUCAUCAAUUCGUUCCUGGGCGAGGUAGAUGGCAAAGUUACGUCUUUCCAGCGAUAGCCAAUCUGCAAAAGUUGAGCAACCAUCUUGCAAUCCUUAUACCGCAAGGUGUCGACCCCAAAGAGAAGCAGGAUAAAGAUCUUGAGAUGCUUGAGAUCGCAGUCCCGGAGCAGUGGCAGCAAUUGUACAGCACGAGGGAUUCUAUCAUGAAUUACGCCAAUCCUGAAUUCUGCGGGAAAUGGAAGGUUCUCCGAAAACUACUGAAAUGGUGGCACGCCAACGGAGACAAGGUCCUGGUGUUCUCGCAUAGUGUGCGGCUCUUGAAGAUGCUCCAGAUGCUUUUCCAUCAUACCAGCUACAAUGUUAGUUACUUGGAUGGCUCAAUGAGCUAUGAAGAGCGAGCCCAGGCCGUCGACGACUUCAACUCAGACCCGCAACAGUUUGUCUUCUUGAUAUCCACCAGGUCUGGCGGAGUUGGCUUGAACAUCACAUCGGCCAACAAGGUCGUGGUCGUUGACCCCAACUGGAACCCAUCGCACGACCUCCAGGCGCAGGACCGCGCGUACCGGAUCGGACAGUGCCGGGAUGUCGAGGUGUUCCGACUGAUCUCUGCAGGGACGAUUGAGGAGAUUGUCUAUGCGCGCCAGAUCUAUAAGCAACAGCAAGCCAAUAUUGGCUAUAACGCUAGCUCAGAGCGACGAUAUUUCAAAGGCGUCCAGGAAAAGAAGGACCAGAAGGGCGAAAUUUUUGGCAUGACCAAUCUGUUUGAAUACCAGAACAAUAACGUUGUGCUCCGGGAUAUUGUCAACAAGACCAAUGUAGCCGAGAGCAAGGCCGGGGUCCAAGUGAUGGGAAUAGAGGUCGACGAGGAGGACCACCAUGUUGGCGAGGAUACAGCAAUCGUGACAUCAGGUACUAUCAAGAAAGAAGAAGACAGUACCAUGAGCCAACUCGCUGCCAUGAUCUGCGGCGAGGCGGGAGCUGAGAAUGCAACCCCAACGCGACAACGGCAGCAACAACAAGAACAAAAGCAACCAUCGUCUUCGUCUACGACGCCAUCGGCCUCCAAGCACGACCCGAUCCAAGCCAUCCUAGCUGGUGCAGGGGUCGAGUAUACCCAUUUGAACAACGAAGUGAUUGGGUCCUCCAAGGUGGAAGAGCGUCUCAGCCGACGCGCCGAGCUGGCCGACGAGAACGCAGCCGACGUUCGGAUCUUCGGCGGUCCUUACUCGUCGCAAAGCAGCGAACAGUUCGGGUACGCCGUGGACAAAAAAUCUGGCCGGCCCGUUCGGUUCGAAUACCACCCGCCCGAAGCCGUGAUGCGCCGCCAGUUCUGCAGCAUGGCGCGCUGGCUCGGGUUCCCGAACGCAGUGGAAUUUGCCCUGGUUGUCGAGCACAUGACGCAGGCACAGCGCCGGUCCUGUCUUGAACGGUGGUAUCGGUGGCGGCGCGAGCAGCUUCUGGAAAGCGCUUGAUAUACUUAAUAAGACUUGGCGUAUACUACUAUAUAGGAGUUACGGUGGGAUAGGAUUCUAAUAUAUACCCUUGCUUUAGAGCUAAAAAAAAUCUUAAUAUUGCC